AUGACCAACGACAACAGGACCUCUCCGAGUGAGGUGAUCCGCGGACGCAAAGGACAGCUCCCUCCGUCCGCCAUACAAGUCGACAAUCUGCUGUAUCCCGAAUCAACUCUCAAUUCGGCUGCCCUCGGCGACUCAAUGUCAGUCACGCAGGGUAGGCAAUUCACCCACACCAAGCCUCGCGAUAUCCCACAUGCAGGAUGGUUUAGACCUGUCCAGAAACCGGUGCGACAGCAGCAGCCAACGGCCCUCGCAAUGAUUUUCAGUCGACUCGCCAGACCACCUCCAGGCCGACAAAGUGUGUCGCCCCAGGCCAGAUAA